GUGCGAGCCGAGGAACGGCCCCUCUCCGGGCUGGGAGCUCCGGCCGAGCGGAGGCGCGAAGCAGAGCACGAGCGCAGGGCGGAGAGCCCGGGCGGCGGCCGCCGGGGCUGCGGCUGUGCCCUCGUGGGCUGGUGGGGGAGCCAGGGCCGCCCGAGCUACCCCAGAGGACCGAUGAGUCGGGUGGGGCGCCGGCCCCGGAGGGCGUGAGCCGCCCGCAGAUUGAGCAACUUGGGAUCGGGCAGGCGGAGCGCAGGCGAGCCGGGCGCCCAGGAGCGUCCUGCGGCUGGCGGGCGGCUGAGCCGGCCGCGCCCUCGCCCCUCCCGGGCCUGCCCCUGCCGCGGCGGGCAGCGUGGAGCUGACUGUGGACUGCCAGUGAUUCAAGUGGGAGUGGGCCAGAAGUUUGUCGCUGGGGAGGACUGGGCUGGUUUCUGGAGUGCCUGCUGUAGAAGUGACAAAGAUGCCAUCUCCUAUGUGACACCCAGAGGAACGCUGCUUUUGACAACCUCCCUUGGGCUCAUGGAGAACUGGGCUCCCCACACCCUCUCUGUCUCCAGCUGAGAUUAUGGUGGAUUUGGGCUGUGGCCCAGGCCUGGGCCUCCUGCUGCUGACCCAGCCUGGGAGGCGUUAACAAGAGCCCUGCGCCCUGCGUUGUUCAGCCCCCCUCCCUCAACCCAGUACCCCCCCAGUCCUCCUCCCAGGGGCCUGGAGCCGGCAAGUGACUAUGCGGCUUGGGUUGUGUGUGGUGGCCCUGACUCUGAGCUGGAUGCACCUUGCUGCCGGCAGCCGAGGGAUCAGGGGAAAAAGGCAGAGGCGGAUCAGCGCCGAAGGGAGUCAGGCUUGUGCCAAAGGCUGCGAGCUCUGUUCAGAGGUCAACGGCUGUCUCAAGUGCUCACCCAAGCUCUUCAUCCUGCUGGAACGGAACGACAUCCGCCAGGUGGGCGUCUGCUUGCCGUCCUGCCCACCUGGAUACUUUGACGCCCGCAACCCCGACAUGAACAAGUGCAUCAAAUGCAAGAUUGAACACUGCGAGGCCUGCUUCAGCCAUAACUUCUGCACCAAGUGUCGGGAGGGCUUAUACCUGCACAAGGGCCGCUGCUACUCAGCCUGUCCCGAGGGCUCCACAGCUUCCAAUGGCACCCUGGAGUGCAGCAGUCCUGCACAAUGUGAAAUGAGCGAGUGGUCGCCAUGGGGACCAUGCUCCAAGAAGAAGAAGCUUUGUGGCUUCCGGCGGGGCUCCGAGGAGCGGACACGCAGGGUGCUAUUGGCACCUGCAGGGGACCACACGACUUGCUCUGACACCAAGGAGACCCGCAGGUGCACAGUGCAGAGAACGCCAUGUCCUGAGGGGCAAAAGAAGAAAAAGGGAGGCCAAGGCCGACGUGAGAACACCAACCGGAACCUGGCCCGGAAGGACAGCAAGGAGACAGGCACUGGCUCUCGGAAGCGCAAGGGGCAACAGCAGCAGCCGCCGCAGCAGCCGGGCACAGCUGGGCCACUCACGUCUGCAGGGCCCACCUAGGCUCGGGCUCCAGACGCCAGGCUGAUCCAAAAGAGUUCUGUGUGAUGAACUGGAAUGUUGUGGGUGUUGGACACACAUACCCUAUCCAUCCAUGCACACACAGACAGACACUCAAACCCUUGGCCCCUUAGGCAGCCAACCAACACAGACACACACACACACACACACACACACACACACACACAUACACACGAGGCCAUCAUAAGACUCUGGUGGGCCUCCUGGUCUCAGCAGAACACAACAGCUUGCGAUGCUCAGAGUGGACAUGGCACCAAGAAUGUUCUGGAAUCUAAGCCCAACUUUGCAGCAUGAAGCCUUCUGGAAAGACUUCUGGGAUUGGAUUGGCCAGGAGUGGCUGCAGGAGCCCAAGUGGAAACCUGCCGGGAACCUGGGGCAGAAGCUUCUUGCUGCCCUCUCGGGCACUCCCAACUGUGUGACUUUAUCAUUGGAGAGAAUUUCAACAGCCGUGAUAUGUAUCAGGGGCUGACCUGACUCUGAAAACUGCUUAAAGGUUUAUUUCAAAUUAAAAAGAAGUCGACAA